AUGCGGCGCAAACGCCCACAGAAAAUCAAGGCGUCCAAGUCACCUCUGCUGGAUGUCUGUCCUCAAAAGAAGGGUGUCUGCGCGCAGAUUUUCAUCGCCACGCCUAAGAAGCCAAACUCGGCCAAGCGGAAGGUCGCUCGAGUGAAGCUGACCAACGGCCAGACCGUCCAGGCAUACAUUCAGGGAGAGGGCCACAACCUUCAGGAACAUAGUGUUGUUACCAUCCGUGGUGGGCGCGCGCAGGAUCUUCCCGGUGUCCGUUAUAAGGUUGUCCGUGGUUCUCUGGACUUCGGAGGAGUUGUGAACCGUAUGUCGGCCAGAAGUAAAUACGGAGGUCAGUACUUGUGUCGUACUUAUCUCUGCUUCAGCUUUGAACUUGUGAUGUCUUUCAGCCAAGAAACCAAAGAAGUAAACCCCUUCUUUUCCUCGGAAACUUGUCAUUCUGCAUUUGCCAUCAUUAGAAUAGAACUCCUAGAACAUACAAAACAUAAUGCUUCAUGCAAUAUUCCUAAUAUCAUGGUGCGCAUUCGGGUGAACAAAAGAGUGAAGGCUUUGGAAAACAGAGCAGAUUCUGUGUGCGUAUGUAUUUUAGCGCUUACUAUCAGUCCCCAGGCUCGCGCGGGCCGAAAGCGGAAAGCACUUCUUUGGUCAAAAACCUUCGCUGCCAAGAGUUCAGUCCACCGUCGCGUUCAUGGCCUCAAUCCUCCGGUUAGCGCGCUCGCAAACCCUCCUGCGCCCCUUGCAGCGCGUCAGAUGGAGCUCUAA